GUUACGUCAUAGUACUGAUGGCAUGCAUAAUUGCAUGAGGAGUAUAUUUAAUGGGGUAAAUCUGGGAGUGGGGGAUGCCAUCAAAAUUCCCAUUGCUUCGUCCCCGUUUUAUUGUUACUUAAACGCAUCGGAUCCUUCGCCCAGACCGACUUUCGUUCCCUCUCUCUCGCAGUAACUAACUCGUAGUCAUAAGCACGCCCAUUCGAGAUUGUCGUCCCCUAAAAACAAGGUUGACAAAUUCCCUCUCAUGUUUCAUUUCCAUCCUCUUCCUCUUUCUGCCUCUCUAAUUAAUUUCUCCGAGCUAUCCAAAUUCUAGUCUCGUUGGACCUGAUGCUUUUUCUUGAUGAAAUGGAGUUCAAUUUGUUGGUAAGGCCCACCGUGGACUUCCUCGAUCAAAUGGAGCAGCAGAGUGCUUCGACCAGAGAGGAUGGCGAGCUUUGUCUCGACCAUCCAGUGCAAGGAACUCACCGGGAAGGCGACAAUGAUCGAGACCGGCCCCUCAAUAUUGUUUCCGCAGCUAACUUGAAUCUCAACAUUCGAUCCUACAAUUCCGAGGCCCAGAGAGACCUCGAUGAAUCAAGCCGCGGGUGCAAGACUCCAACAUCUUCAGAUCACAAAAUCCCGUCGAGCCUGCGAUGCCCGCCUGCUCCAAAGAAGCCCAGAUCAAUUCCGUCCGGGAAGAGAAAAUCAAGCGGCGCAGGAAAUUUUCUCGAUCUGUCCAGAGAGAUUGAAUCUUUGUUUCCGGCGCCAUUGCUGCUGGAUCUUUACGGUAAGAUUAAGAAAGUCAGACGAGGGAAUGGCACCCAAUGAGGCGCGAGUAAUGUGGUUGAUCUUUAUUUAUCAUUUUUAAUAUCAUUAUUAUUACUGACCUCGACGGAUUGUAGAAUCUUGCUCUUGAAAUGGCUUUCCCAAAAAUUAUA